AUGGCAGGCGCACUCGCCCACGACAACCGGAUACUCUCUGCAGACGCCCAGGCCGCCGCCGCGUCGCCGCACGACGUGUGCAUCAUCGGCGCCGGCAUCCUCGGCUCGGUCCUCGCCUACUCGCUCGCCGAGUCGGGCCGGUCCGUCCUCCUCCUCGAGCGCGACCUGUCCGAGCCCGACCGCAUCGUCGGCGAGCUCCUCCAGCCCGGCGGGUGCCUCGCCCUCCAGAAACUCGGCAUCGACGACACGCUCGACGGCAUCGACGCCGUCCCGUGCGAGGGCUACCAGGUCUUCUGGGGCGACCAGGUCGUCGCCAUCCCGUACCCGGACGAGAGCAAGACGAUGCGCUGGAGCGACGGCACCGACCGCAAGCAGGAGGGGCGCAGCUUCCACCACGGCCUCUUCAUCCAGAACCUGCGCCGCAAGGCUCAGAGCGCCGAGCGUGUCUCGCUCGUCGAGGCGACCGUCAACGAGCUCCUCGAGGACGAGGCCGGCACCAUCGUCGGCGUCAAGGCGACGCCGCGCAAGGCGAGCGCCGACGACGACGCGUCCGAGCCGCUCCACUACCGCGCCAAGCUCACCAUCGUCGCCGACGGGUGCAUGAGCAAGUUCCGCCGCGCCCUCCUCCCGUCGCACGUCGUCCCGACGACGCGCUCGCACUUUGUCGGCCUCGUCCUCGAAGACGCCGACCUGCCCGCGCCGCACCACGGGCACGUCAUCCUCGGCAAGGCCGACCCGGCCAACCCGCCCGCACCGACCGCCGAGGGCGUGCCCUCGCUCGGCCCCGUCCUCGUGUACCAGCUCGCGACGCACGACACGCGCAUGCUCGUCGACGUGCGCGGGCCCAAGCUCCCGCCGCAGGCCCAGCUCGCCGCGUGGCUCCGCGAGCACGUGACGCCCGUCCUGCCGCCGACCGUCGUCGCGUCGUUCCACGCCGCACUCGACAAGAGCCUCACCAAGGACAAGCAGUACCGCCUGCGGUCCAUGCCCAACUCGUACCUGCCGCCGUACCCGCAAGGGCGCGACACGCAGGGCGCGUUCCUCGCCGGCGACUCGCUCAACAUGCGGCACCCGCUCACGGGCGGCGGCAUGACGGUCGCGUUCAACGACUGCGUCCUCCUCACCGAGCUCCUCGGCGGCGGCAAGGCCGUGUCGGACGUCAAGGGCGACGAGCGCGGGCCGGUCGAGCUCGACAACUGGCUCGACAUCAGCGAGCGCCUCGAGGAGUGGCACUGGAAGCGCAAGGCGGUCGCGAGCUGCAUCAACGUCCUGAGCCUCGCCCUGUACUCGCUCUUCGGCGCCGACGACGAGAACCUCGAGGUGCUCAAGACGGGCUGCUUCAAGUACUUCGAGCUCGGCGGCGACUGCAUCCAGGGCCCGGUCGGCCUCCUCUCUGCGCUACGUCCCUCGCCCGCCAGCCUCUUCUACCACUUUUUCCGCGUCGCUUUCUACUCGAUCUACUGCCUGUUCACGCUCCCGAUCCUCGCGUCGGGCCCGGACGGCGGCAAGCCCGGCCUGAGGCAGUACCCGGCCCUCACGGUCAAGAGCUUCAAGGUGUUCUGGACGGCGUGCGUCGUCUUGCUCCCCGUCCUGUGGAGCGAGGGCCAGAUGUAG